ACUGGUGAAAUAUGACACAAGCUCACAGCAACUGAUGAUCUGAUAUCUACCCACCCCAGAUAGAUGUAGUUAUCUCUGGACCUUCACAUCACAUGCUGUGUUUCUCUUAUGCAGCAGGUGUUGCAAAAGAAAUAAGAUGAAGACUGUGUUUGUGGUGCUGUUGCUUCUUCCGGCUCUGGAUUCAGCUCAUAAACGUAAUGUGUUCCUGUUCCCUCAGGAGACUGACACGGCCUAUGUGCAGCUCACUUCAGAGAAACCUCUGAAUUUACAGGCCUUCACUCUUUGCAUGCGUGUUGCCUCUGAACUCCCUAACGACCGUGAGACCAUCCUGUUCGCUUACCGUACUAAUGAAGCUGACGAGCUCAACGUGUGGCAGGAGAAAGGAGUAUACUCUCUUUACCUGAGAAGCAGUGGUGAAAGUGUUACGUUUAAACUACCGCCGCUGUCUGUUGUCCCCACUCACCUGUGUGUCACCUGGGAGUCGAGAACCGGAGCCACCGCGUUUUGGGUGAACGGACGACGCACCAUGCUGAAAAUCUACAAACGCGGGUUUAGUGUAAGUCAAGGUGGAGCUAUUAUUCUUGGACAGGAUCCUGACUCGUAUCUGGGCAACUUUGACAAAAAUCAGAGCUUCGUGGGUGAAAUUACAGACGUACACAUGUGGGACAGUGUCCUGCGUGCAGGUCAGAUUAAGCAGCUGUAUGAGUAUCAAGACCUGGGUGUACGUGGGAAUGUGCUGGACUGGAAUUCUCUCAAGUACAAAAUCUCUGGGAACGUGGUUGAUGUGUCUGAGGUAGACACCGAGAUAAAUACAUGUACAUGAUAUAGCUUCUGAUUUGAUCUUAUUUGAUAUAAUUUAGCAUGUGAUUGAGGAUCCAAUUAUUAUUAUUACUGACUAAUCAGUGUCUGUAAGUAAUGUCCAUCUGAUCUGAAAGGAGAAACUCUGAAACUGAAUAAAUAAAAGAAUUGUAAAAUAAAAAGCAUCUGAGAGAAAA